ACUGUCGCUACGCCAUCUAUUGAACUUCACCUGUUGGCAGGUGGUAGCCUCUGGUAAUCGUCCGCUUGGCUCUGGUAAAGGCGUGCUUAUUUCCGCUGGUAAUCCAUUCGGUGAAUUCUGCUGGUAAUCUGCCGGUCCGAAUUUUCCGUAGGGCAUGUGCGAAAUUUGACAGCGUGUCAAGUUUAGCUUUCGCCGUUGCAGUUGCAAUUGUGCACUUGCAAUUGUUUAAUUGACUUUCUCACCCACUACAAUGUCCUCCGCCUACAACCAUGUUUGAUCAAGGCUUGAUCACGCUGCGACUGGCUACUGGAGCGCUCGUGUUGUUUUGUCUCUUCCAAGCACUCUUCCAUCAGGGCACAGUCGAAGCUGGAAGAGCAAAAGCCGACAAGUCACCUGUUGCUCCGAAAAAGAAAUCAGCUGCAAGCAAGGCAAACUUGGGAGUCAAGACAAAUGCAGGUCAAUCUUCGAAAUCGGCAAUGAAAGAGAGUUUUCCUGUUGAGGCUAGAGAGGGCGAAGACUAUCGAGUUAUUGAUCGGGCGCUAGACGGCAAGUGCUACAGUGCUGCUUUCGUCUUUUUCAAAUUGAUCAGUGUAUCAGCCAAAUGCGGAUAUUCGAACGCAUGUAAGGAUAGAUGCAAAGAUGAAAGAGAUCAUUACACGAACCAAUAUACUUCGAGCCUUUCUACUCUGCAGCCGUUCAGUUGCGUGCAAUUCUUGGCGGCAGACUCUGUGCAGAUCGAGGUUGAGAUGCUUGCGGAGAGCGUCCUCGAUGGCUCAUCAGGUUGCGUUGCCAGCUGUAGCUGCAAAAUGCGAAACUACAUCGACAACAUCAGAAUGCCUUUGGUCAGCCUUGCCAGAGUGCGACGUGGACCACCAUACGCUGAACUGUCUCCCAAGCAGCCAAAAGACUUUUGGAAAUCUGUUAGGCAGACGAAAGGCUUAGCUGGUAAAGAUUGUCACCCCGAAGAUAUACUCGAAUGGGUUUCGAGGCCAACGUUGUUUAUGCAACACGAAGGAUGGAAGGUUGAGCCUUUCUCUAUCCACGAGACAGGAUUGUCUUGCAAGGCGAUGGCCAGGUACUGCCCUUGCAACAAGAACCGCCAGUUUCACCUUUUUGCGCCGGGAAAAUGUGAAGUACCAGGUGAGGCGGCAACAAUGGCAUCAACAUGCCCUUCAGAAAGGCCUGCUAAAAGCAACACAUUGCAGCAACCAAUUGCAAGAGCUUGUAUCCCAAGUGGGAGCUCUCUUGGAUCUGGUGACUCACACGCCCCGAGCUCAACCCAACCAAUACCAGCGAGUCAUGCGCCUGUCCCCGUCGACGCCAGCUGCAGUGACCAUUGUUCGACUGUUGAACAGUUCAUGAACAGCUUACCAGAUUUACCGCGACAGAAUGCUUAUGGUGUCUCGGAAAGAAUGACUUUUGAUGCAGACGGCCGCGGAUGUUGCUUCCCUGCAGAUAUAUUGCCGCCGAAUGACUUGUCCUUUUGCUCUCCGGUCAGUCAUGGCAGCGAGCAGUGUAUCAACGAUCAGCCUGUCGGUUCCUCGUUGCAGCCAUCUGCACAUACGUCAGAGAACACCCAAAAAUGCAGUGUCACAGUGCAACAAGUAAAUGACUUGAUACAAGCCGUGUUUGGCGAUGAAAGGCCUAAGGAUGCUGAUGAUCGUAAUCAACCAAGUGGGUGGAUCUGAUGAAAGGGCUCAUUCGCUCCUCGGUCCACUGACUAAAGCUGCAGUAUCUUAGCCUCUGUCCUACCAAAGUAUAGUAUAGUUCGAUUGCGAAGUGCAAUAGAGUCAUUCCCAGUGCAACAAGUGCAGCUUCCCUGAUACGCAGAGCAGAUAAGUAAUGAAUAACGAUCACCACACAACAAUUCUCUGAAUGCUUCACAAGAAUCAUCAUUCAGCUGCU